AUGCUCUCUACCACCCCAACCCCGACAUAAGAAUGCCGCACGAAAACGAUGCAGAGCCCUUUCCGUGGCACCUCGGCGUCUACGAUGCGCACUGCCACCCCACAGACACCAUGUCCAGCAUAGAAUCUAUCCCCAGCAUGAAAACCCGCGUCCUCACUAUAAUGGCAACCCGCGCGGAAGACCAAUCGCUAGUCUCCUCGGUAGCCGCCACGCACUCGGUCAAGUCAGCUGAUCCCGCGAAGUGGGCACGGGAGGAAUGCAUAGUGCCCUAUCGCCAAAUAUUCCUCUCCCUCCCCAACCCCACGCCCUUCUCCGCCUUCCUUGCGCAAACCCGCAACUACCUCGCCCAACACCCCCUCGCGCUAAUUGGCGAAAUCGGGCUCGACCGCUCUUUCCGCAUCCCAGAGGCCUGGAAUCUCGCGCACGCGUCGAAGCGCAAUGGCAGCCUGACUCCCGGCGGCCGUGAAGGACGACGCUUAACGCCAUUCCGGUGCCAGCCAAAGCACCAGAAGGCCAUCUUCAAGAAGCAGUUAGAACUCGCGGCGGAGUACGGGCGGGGCGUGAGUGUGCACGGGGUGCAGGCGCACGGCAUGGUGUACGAUGCGUUGAAGGAGCUGUGGGCGGGGCAUGAGAGGCCGGUUCUUAGUAAGCGGGAGAGGAAGAAGCGCGGACGGGAUGAUCCGAAUGUGGAGGCGGAGCUCGAUGCUUCGAACGGGGGUAGGAAUAACGGCCCGAAGCCAUAUCCGCCGCGCGUGUGUUUGCACUCGUACUCCGGCAGCCCGGCGAACUUCAAGCAGUAUCUUAAUCCUGCAAUACCGGUCGAGCUCUUUGCGUCUUUCUCCACGGCGAUCAACCUAGGCGACGCGGUGGGCGAUGAGACGCCGAAGGCUUUUGAAGAGAUGAUCAAGAUAGUUCCGGAUCGGAUGCUGCUUGUUGAGAGCGAUUUGCAUUGCGCCGGUGAGGAGAUGGAUAGGAGGUUGGAAGAUAUGGUGAGGCGGAUUUGCAGAAUCAAAGGGUGGGGAUUGGAAGAGGGUGUGAAGAUCCUAGGGAGGAAUUGGCGCAGGUUCGUGUUUGGGACCGAGCCGUGA